CAGAAUGCGGUGACGUCGGCUGCUCAUGCCACGCCUCCGGCACAGGGGGAUUGUGGGAAGGAGUUGGUGCGGGUCCCCGGGAUCCCAGUGAGAGGCCGCGAUGCGGUGAGAGGAUCCGGGGCGCAAACAUGGGGCUGAGGGCGCUCUCUGCGCUCAUCCUGCUGGUCGUGGCGGGCGCCAGAGCAGCUAUCCUGUUCACUAAGCAGCCGUCCUCCCAGGAUGCAUUGCACGGUAGGAGCGCCAUACUGCGCUGUGAAGUUGAGGAUCCUGAGGGGGUGCAGUUUGAGUGGCUGCAGAAUGGGGUGCCAGUUCGAGACACGGAGAGGCGCUACCAGGAGGGCGGGAGUCUGACAUUCACGGCCGUGGACAGGAAACAAGAUGGCGGAACCUUCCAGUGUGUCGCACGGAACCCUACAACAGGGGAAGAGGGGAGGAGCAACGUGGCUUCCUUCAACAUUAAGUGGAUAGAGAGCGGCGGUGUCACCCUGCAGUAUCCGGGCAGUGCCAGCGACAUCCAGAGCUCCUCUCGGGUCGUGCUGCGAUGCCACAUAGAUGGGCACCCUCGCCCAAUCUGCCAGUGGUUCAGGGACGGGACGGCGCUGGUGGAUGACGGGCAGGCCACAUCGCUAAGCAACAAGGAGCGCACACUGACCCUGCACAGCGCGGGCCCCGACGACAGCGGCGAGUAUUACUGCUGCGCCCACAAUGCGGCCGGCUCCGUCUGCAGCAACCGCAACUUCACCCUGAGUAUCAUAGAUGAGAGCUUCCCGCAGGCCGCGGUGACCCCCGAGGAUCAGGUGGUGAAUAAGAACGAGGACGCCAUGUUUCACUGCCAGUUCAGCGCCACGCCGGCCCCCACACAGGAAUGGUUCUUUGAAGAUCAGGUUCCUCUCAGUAACAAGAGUCGCGUGACUGUGUUCCAGAACGGUUCCCUGCUCAUCAGCUCGGUGAGGCCACGUAGCAGUGGGGUGUAUAGCUGUGUGGGCACAGGGCAUCGUGGCAAGAAGGCUGUUCUCAAGGCCUCUCUGCGCCUGGCAGAUAUCGAUGAAAUGCGACCCCUCUCUCCACAAGUGUUAACUGCAGACACGUUUCAGCGCAUUGCCUGCAACCGGCCGCAAGGCUUGCCCCCACCUACCGUCUGGUGGGAGAGAGAUGGAAAGCCGGUCCCUGCUGAGGGCAGAGUUUAUCAGGAUGGCACCGAGUUGGUAUUCAGACCCAUUACUAAGGAGGAUUCGGGCAUUUACAUUUGCCAUGCUGCCAACAAGGCUGGGGAACGCAAACAGGAGCUGCAGAUCACUGUGGCGACGGUUCCUGAGUGGCUGGAGAGACCGACAGACAGUCUGAUGGAAGAGGGAAAGCCUGGGUUUCUGCACUGUCUCAGCAGAGCGUCUCUGGAACCCAAUGUGACUUGGUACCGUAACACCAACCCAAUCGGCAAGGACUCUCGCUUUGAGAUCUUCCCCAAUGGGACCCUAAAGAUCCUGCACGUGGAGGUGUACGACGGCAUUACGUACAGAUGUGUGAGUGCCACCCCUGCUGGCGCCAUCGAUGCCCAGGCCCGAGUGACCGUACAGGAGAAUCUGAAGUUCACGCCGGUCCCCCGGCCGCAGCAGUGCAUGGAGCUGGAUAAGGAGAUAACGGUGCAUUGUUCCGCCACGGGGCGCCAGAAGCCCCUUAUACAGUGGACUAAAGGAGAUGGCAGUGACCUCCCUGCACAUGUGGAGUCUAAGGCGGGCCUCCUGCACUUUCAGCCCGUGACCCGGAGGGAUGCUGGGAAUUACACCUGUAUUGCCUCUAACAGCCAGCAGGGGGAGAUACGAGCAGCGGUGCAGCUGACUGUAGCAGUUCUGAUCAGCUUCAAGAUAGAACCAGAGAACACGACUGUGUACCAGGGCCACACCGCGGUGCUGCACUGCCAGGCAGGGGGCGACCCUACCCCUCGCAUCCAGUGGCAGAGCAGGGACGUCAUGGUGGAUGUCAAGCAUUACCCACGGAUACAGAUUAUGCCAAAUGGCUCAUUAGCCAUCUACCGCGUGAGCAACGAGGAUGCUGGGAAAUACACGUGCAUUGCGGGGAAUGCCUGCGACAUUAAGCACCGAGACACGUUCCUUUAUGUUGUGGACAAGCCACCAGGGGGCGCCAGCGAGACGGAUUCCCCAUACAAACUCAUCCAGACCAUUGUGCUCUCCGUGGUUGCCGCUGUCACUUACAUCAUCAUCGUCUUGGGGCUCAUGUUGUACUGCAAGAAGCGCAGGAAAGCUAGGAGGCGGGACAAGCCUGAGGGGGAGGAGCCAGAGAUGGAGUGCCUAAACGGUGGCACAUUGCUGCAGAAUGGCCAGACCACGGCUGAGAUCCCUGAGGAGGUUCCACUCACCACACUGGGCAACAAAAGGCACAGCUCUGGUGACAAGAUCACUUUCCCACGUGCCAGUCUGCACCCUAUCACCACCCUUGGUCGGGGUGAGUUCGGGGAGGUGUUCCUGGCUAAGGCCCCCAGUGCAGAUUCGGCGGCGGGGGAGUCGGUGGUUCUGGUGAAGGCGCUACAGACCCGGGACGAGCAGCUCCAGAUGGAUUUCAGGCGGGAAUUGGACAUGUUCUCCAAACUGAACCAUUCCAACGUGGUGCGCCUGGUGGGGCAGUGCCGCGAGGCAGAACCUCACUAUAUGGUUCUGGAAUAUGUUGACCUGGGGGAUCUGAAGCAGUUCCUACGGAUCUCCAGGAGUCGAGAUGAGAAGCCGAAGCCCCUAAGCUCCAAGCACAAGGUCUCUCUCUGCUCUCAGGUGGCUCUGGGGAUGGAGCAUCUGUCUAACAGUCGCUUUGUGCACAAGGACCUUGCAGCCCGGAACUGUCUCGUCAGUGCCCAGCGGUUGGUGAAGGUCUCUGCCCUGGGCCUGAGCAAGGACGUGUACAGCAGCGAGUACCACCCCCUACGCCAGGCCAAGGUGCCCCUACGCUGGAUGCCCCCCGAGGCAGUGCAGGAAGACGACUUCUCCACCAAAUCUGACGUUUGGUCCUUUGGGGUGCUAAUGUGGGAGGUCUUCACCCUGGGGGAGCUGCCCUACACCUCUCUGCCCGAUGAGGAGGUGCUUGCUGGCCUACAGAACGGCUCCCUGAAACUGGCGGCCCCCGAGGGCUGUUCCUCCCGGAUCUACAGACUGAUGCAGCGCUGCUGGGCCCCCAGCCCCAAGGACCGACCCUCCUUUAGUGAAAUAGUCAACACUCUCGGGGAUUUAACUUCCAGCAGCAAAACCCAAGGGUGAGCUUGCCGGGCCGGCCAUCCCCAGAAAGAGUCUGCCUCAGGAAAUGCCUACAGGUAAAGGCAGAUUUGGCCACACAGACCCUGCUGCCAGGCUGGCACCGGUGCCCACGCCAUAUACACCGGGAUAUAAAGCACAGGCCGAUGAUCGGGGGGAUUGAUAUGAACUCGUCUCCAUUCCUUCCUAUUGCGGAACCCUCACAAGCACAAGCAGAGACUCCGCCCCCUGGCAGCAUGCAUGCCCGCUCUGAUGCCCGUAUGUACAUAGAGAAGCAUCAGCUCAUUAACACUAAUUGUAUGUCUCAUGCACCCCCAUAUUUAUUCAGUCUCCAUCAUGUUACAUUAUCGGUACAAGGGGGUACAGCCCUGGGGAAGGGGUGAGGGGGCCCCCCGAAGCUGCUUUAUGUGACCCCAUUCCUAGUGGAGACCUUGGCAUGGAACGUUCUUUUCACAUUAUUUUCCCCUCCUCCAGUGUCUUUUAUCGAAAUAGUACGGGAAAGGGUGUUCAUUGUGGGAUAUUUACCCUUGGUACGAGAACAGCUGAUUGGUCCUUGGGGACCUUUAUCCCUGGCAUGAGAUGUGUCCAUAGGGGACUUUUAUCCCUGGAACAAGAUGGGUCCAUGGGGGACCUUUAUCCCUGGCAGGAGAUGGGCAGAUUGGUCCAUGGAGGACCUUUAUCCCUGGCAGGAGAUGGGCUGAUUGGUCCAUGGGGGACCUUUAUCCCUGGUAGGAGAUGGGCAGAUUAGUCCAUGGGGGACCUUUAUCCCUGGCAGGAGAUGGGCAGAUUGGUCCAUGGGGGACCUUUAUCCCUGGCAGGAGAUGGGCAGAUUGGUCUAUGGGGGACCUUUAUCCCUGGCAGGAGAUGGGCAGCUGGGUGUAUGGGGGACCUUUAUCCCUGGCAGGAGAUGGGCAGCUGGGUGUAUGGGGGACGUUUAUCCCUGGCAGGAGAUGGGCAGAUUGGUCCAUGGGGGACCUUAAUUCCUGGCAGGAGAUGGGCAGCUGGGUGUAUGGGGGACCUUUAUCCCUGGCAGGAGAUGGGCAGAUUGGUCUAUGGGGGACCUUAAUCCCUGGCAGGAGAUGGGCAGAUUGGUCUAUGGGGGACCUUUAUCCCUGGCAGGAGAUGGGCAGAUUGGUCUAUGGGGGACCUUAAUCCCUGGCAGGAGAUGGGCAGAUUGGUCUAUGGAGGACCUUUAUCCCUGGAAGGAGAUGGGCAGCUGGGUGUAUGGGGGACCUUUAUCCCUGGCAGGAGAUGGGCAGCUGGGUGUAUGGGGGACCUUUAUCCCUGGCAGGAGAUGGGCAGCUGGGUGUAUGGGGGACCUUUAUCCCUGGCAGGAGAUGGGCAGAUUGGUCCAUGGGGGACCUUAAUCCCUGGCAGGAGAUGGGCAGCUGGGCGUAUGGGGGACCUUUAUCCCUGGCAGGAGAUGGGCGGAUUGGUCCAUGGGGGACCUUUAUCCCUGGCAGGAGAUGGGCGGAUUGGUCCAUGGGGGACCUUUAUCCCUGACAAGAUUGAUCCUUGCCCUUUAUUCAUGGUAGGCAAUGCUCAAAUUGGCCCAUGUAGGGGUAACUGUGCAACUAGGAACUGGAAUCAGGAGAUUCAGCACUUUCAAGGUGGGAGCACGGGGCAUUUAGUUCUUUUUUUUUGCCAUUUAUGUUUGCCCCAAGGUUCAGAUGAAGGAUGUACUAUCUGUUCUCCUCUCAGGCCCUUGGACCUUCUGUCUGGCUCCUCCCGGGCCCUCUGCCCCCCCCCCCCCCCAGGGCUGUUACCCCACCAUGCUGUUACCCCACUCAGUGCUGCUGUUGUGCUUUUUGUUAAGGGCAAAUACCCUGCGGGGGGUUCUCUCUCUGAGUGACGUCACUACAAUGACCCAUAAUUCCUGUGAUUCUGUUACAGGCCCGACUGGUCUCGUGGCUGACACCCACGCCAUAGGGAUUAGUGGGGCCCAAGUUGGGAUGUAAUUGCCCCUGUGGGGGUCCCUGGCAGAACCUCUACCCCUCACACUAAGUGCCUGUAUCAUGAAGGACUCCGCCAGGGCAGGACUUAUCUCCUCUCUUUUUGUUUUACAAACAUUUUUUUAUUAUUUGUUUUUAUAACUAUGAGUUUGAUACAAACGGUAGGAUUUAUAUAACUGGGCCGAGGUACCGGUACCGCCCAUAUUCUCCCUUUAUCUAUUGCACAUAAUAAAUGACUUCUGUUUUAUAGAA